GGGAUCUUUCUAUAUUAUUUGAGCUAGGGAGAAUUGUGUUUUAGGGAAUGCACCCAAUUCAGUCUUUUAGGGCAGAUUUCUGAAAUGUACUGUACGCACUCAAAUAUUUUUGGGAUUUAGCAUCUACAUAUCAUUUGUAGUUGUAUAUUGUGAACUAUUGUACAUAAGCCUAUUGUAAAUUGUAUAGCCUACAUUGUCCUAAUCUUUUUAUAUAUGAGAUAUACUGUAUAGCUAGAUAAUUAUUUUAAUCUAUUAAGUUAAUCUACCUAUGGAUUCAUAAAUGGAAUAGUUUUUUUUUUUUUUUUUAAUAGUCUAUAACUAUAUGUUGGGUAAAAAAAAAAAAAAGAUAAACAUUACAUGAAAGUUCAAAGUAUUAUUUCAUUCAACAAGGACGCGACGACAACACCAGAUGGAAAGGACGCGGGAGUUUUUCUAUAAACCCGCCCAUUUAGGCAAAUGUGGACCUUGGGAUAUCGCGCCACUGCUUAGUACUUGGAAGGUUAGAUGUUGGUGGAUCCGUAUAUGACAUAAUGUUUCAAAAAAGGUGCACAAAAAUAAAGAUGUCCACCAGCAGUAUUUUCUAAAGACUUUUUUAAAAUUUUAUGUGGCGUAUAUUUGUGGAUUAUAUUUUUCUUUUAGACCGUCUUUUGAAACAAAAGUUUAUACACCUUUCAGGACACUUUCCUGGCGCGGGAAAUUUCUCAGCCAACAUCUGCUAGUCCGAAUUUUGGUGGGGUUUCUCUGUAUUCAUAAAAGGACUGCAGAAACGUGUACUUGAGUUUUGACUGAAUUUCUUUGCAGAAAACUUUAUAGAAAACAAAAUGCGUCCAUCUGGCUCUAAGCGUCUGCAGGCCCCCCAGCCUCCCUCCACCAGGAUGGGUUUGCGGAGUUUCCGUAAUGUACCUCUGGUGCCCAUGGAGACAUCCUCUUCAUCAGAUGACAGUUGUGACAGCUUUGGCUCUGACGGUGGCUUUGCUAACACGAAAAGUAGCUUCAGAGAAGCUAAGAAGGUGGCGGAGAGAGCGAAGGUGUUUGAGGCCAGCUCGGAGGAAGAGUCUCUCAGUGGAUUUGAGAAUGCCUUCAGCAGUGAAAUGAGUGCCAUGAGAGUGGACUCUGACUCUGAGGAGUCGGUGACGCCGCGGAAGAGGGGCCGUCGGUCACAAACUCUGAAAGUGGCCAUGAAAUUCCCCACCAGGAGGGCCAGCCAGAAGAAGAGUAUUGCAGCAGAGCCCCCUAAACAGCCCAAAGUCGCUCCCAAACAGAUCACUGGGGAGGGAGACAACUUCAUGGACAAGAGAGCGCUUAACAUCAGGGAGAACAAAGCCAUGCUUGCAAAGCUGAUGGCAGAACUCGACAAAAUACCUGGCUUCCCUAGAAGAACGUCCCUGCCCAUGACUAAUGCGCCCUGUCGCACCCCUCGCCGGUCUCAGGGAGCCCCUGGACCCCGCAGGAGGAACCCUGAGCGUACCUCUCGGCCCCACACUCGCUCCCGCUCCCUGGUGGACGGCCCCCCAUCAGAGGAGGAGGAGGAAGAGGAGGACAAAUUCAGCCUGGUGCGCAGGAGCUGCUACUACGAGGAGAAAGCGCCCCGUCGGCGCAGCUACAACGGGGUGCAGGCCUUUCCUCAUGUGGUGCGGCCUGUGAAGGACAUCUCCCAGAGGGAGCUGGAUCUGAUCGCAGACAACGUGCGGGAGAAGGUCUACAACAGCUCCACUGGGUCCACUUGCCAUCAGUGCCGGCAGAAAACGGUCGACACCAAGACCAACUGCCGUAACCCAGAGUGUGUGGGGGUGAGGGGUCAAUUCUGUGGCCCGUGUCUCCGUAACCGCUACGGAGAGGAGGUCCGAGAUGCCCUGCUGGAUCCUGAGUGGGAGUGUCCGUCGUGCAGAGGGAUCUGCAACUGCAGCUUCUGUAGAGCCAGAGAGGGUCGCUGUGCCACUGGGGUUCUGGUCUACCUGGCUAAAUACCACGGCUACGACAACGUCCAUUCUUAUCUCAAGAGUCUGAAGAAGGAAAUGGAAGAGGGCCAGUAAACUGUGGAGAAUGUAACCGGAUUCGGAACCUGACUGACGAUGUUGUGAUGUGGCUUUUAUAUUCCAUAAUGCAAAACAGUAGAUUUUUCUAUUGCUCCUGAUUCUGAAAAUGUUUACAUUGUUUUAAAUGUGUACAGUUUUACUGUCAAUUACGUGAGUGGUAUGUUUAUACUGUGAUGUUUGCCUGUGACAUUCACACUUUUAACCUGUAAGUUUGGAUAAAAACUAUAUGUAUAAA